GAAUGGUGUCUUUCACAGGAAACAUGAACAUCAGAUUGGACGACGGCUUCAAAGUGCAUAUGGUCAGUUGACCAAUCAUCAUCUGGAAACCCGCAGAGGGUCUCUUGCAUACCUGAUUAGCCUGGGAGGUUUAAUUGUUGUGGUGAAAGGUGAGAACAUGCAUGUGACGGCAUGGACAGCCUGGGGAAAAUGAGAAGGCCGUCCUCCGCUGUUGACGUACUGUACUCGCUGAUAAGCCUUCUGUACCCCGGAAUUUCUCAGCUCCGACUGCUCAAAGUAUCAAGUUCUCAUGCAAUGGCCAUAACCUCAAACACGACAUGAAGAAUGGCGCUGCCUGUCACGGGUGAUCCAGCUCUGCUUCUCCUUUAAUCCUUUUGGAAUCGUUCUCUCGUCCUCAACAAGCGAAUGCGCAGCUGGAGACUUAUCCUAUGUUCAUUCCUCCUGCUUCCGGUGACAGCCUUCUUGUUCGUUCCUCCCGCUCCGAGUAACAGCCUUUUUGUUCUCACAGACGUGAAGCACGCUAUGUUGCUCAGCAUUCGUCCACCCCGGGUUGCGGCAACAGAAACACCAACACGAACCUGGAAAAGCGCAGUAUAUAAGCCAGGCAUGCGUUACCCCAAGCUUGUCGCUCUGGACCUCGACGGUACUGUGUGGUAUCAUUGGCUCAACGACAAGAAAUUCAAAACGCGAGUUACUCGCGACAUUGCCGAUAACCUUGAACCUGUCGGCCACGAUAAGGUUCGGGAUAAGAAGAACCAUGCCAAUGUUAUUACCAUGUCCCCGGACGUUCCUCGCAUCAUAACCGAGCUUGCAUUGAGGAAGAUCGACAUCGCUAUCGUCUCGCGGAAUACCAGCAAGGCGCUAUGUGACAGAGCCUUGUGGUACUUUAAGGCUAGAAAUCCGGAGACCAAGCAGAUGAGGCCAAUCACGAGUUUCAUUAAAUACGACGAGGUCAAGGAUGAAUCUAAACAGGAGCACUUCAAGAGAAUCAAGAAUUGGAGUGGCUAUGAGUAUCAUGAUAUGCUUAUCUUUGAUGACCAGCCUCUCAAUCUCGAGGUUGAAACAUGGGAAGGUGUAACAUUCAAACUUGUAAAGCACCACAACGAUGGCCUAACCUGGCAGGACUACCUCGACGGCUUAGAUGAAUGGAGGAAGAAUCAAUAUAUUCGCGUGGCUCAACCCCCAAGGCUUAUUGAUCCCCAUCCAAACAAGAUGCUUAUAGGAUAUGCGGGGACUGACCGCGAGACCGCACUGCUGUAUGUCCAAGGAAAGAGGCGCCAGUUUACGAAGCGCCCUGCACGCUUUGGCUACGGGCUCUACGCGUCGGACAAUCCGCAAAUUGCCAUGUUCUUCAGCCAGUGGGGAAGAGAUAACGGAGACAAGAAAGUCUGCGAGAUCUUCGUUCGGGACAAGGAUGUUUUUCUGAAUGAAUUGAAGAAGAUUUGGUUCUAUCCCAAGACGGGGUAUCUCACGAAUAAUCAGCAUUCUAAGGCCGAGGAUAUUGCCAAGAUGCAAAUCAAGCGCGACGAGUACAUCCACAAACAUCACCACGUCGAGAAGCCGUAUAUCCUCUUCUCGCGACAUCACUACAUGCAUGAGAUGGGAAAAUCUAAGUACAAUAUCGUCAUAAACUCGAAGAAGAGAUUCAACGAGAUGGUCAUCUAUCCGCAGGUCCAGGAUGCGUUGAUGUUCGGCACGACGCUCUCUCUUCCCCAGGCGCGGAAAAUGACCAGGACAGGAAAGUUGAAGAAGCUUCAACAUGAGAAGAAGGUUUCCGCGUGGGGCAUUAAAGUUCCAUCCGAGACCAAAGAGGACAGUACGAAUCACGGCGAAAACCAUUACUUCGGAUAGAUAAGUUAGUUAGGAUUGACCAGAAUUUGGUUUGACGCAGGUCGAUAAAGAUAGAUAUGCCGGGCUUCUCUAGACGAAACAGAUGUUGUAUUAUGACUGAAAGUAUCUCCUUUCAUGUAAGUAGUAUCAGUCGAUAUUAGUUCACAUGGAUAUAAAUAAGCACCCAUGAAUCUAGUGCAACUUGCUCCUACCCCGUGCUCUUCCUCGGCGACAUGUCGCCAGCACUUUAAAUGAUUCUCAGCCCAUUUUGAGCCUAGUAUGCAUCAUAUUUCACAGAUCGAAUGGCCGUGUGGGGAUCUUUUCCAGGUCCAACUGCCCACGAGGUCAUAUCUUCUUGAGACUCCGACGCCCUUCGAUGCCUUCUGUCAUCUGUCAAAUGAACGUUGACAGUUGAG